AUGCCGACGAGACGCUCUACUCCUAUGGCGUCCACUACAGCCAGGCCAUCAGUGGUCGUACCCCUGCAGAAAGUGCUCUACAACAGCGAAGACCCUACUCUCGAACUAGAUGGUCUUAUCGAGCUUGUUAUCAAGGAUGAGCGACAGCUUCAACCAGGCGUAUCUUGGACGACAGGAUCAUUUGCAACAGAGAAAACACUGACUGUAUUAUGUGGCAACCAUAUCAUUAAGGCCGAAGGGGCCUUCUCCUCUCUUACCUUGCAAUAUCCCUCUUCAGCAAGCUUUACCAACUUUUUGAAGAGGCGCGAGACACCCACCAUGAUAGAAACUGGUCCUUCAACAACAACAGGCAGAGACAGAGACGACGGCACCAAAAAUAUUCUGCAGGUCUUCUUCCCAAGCCAUGACGACUAUACUGAAACGGCAAGCGAGCUCGAAAAGCUCAAGAUUCUCAAGCCUGUGAUUCCUCUCACACGCCCGCACUCUGUUUCCCAAAUACCUAUCGGUAUACUCCGGCCUCUGAGUGCUCAGCUGCCCCGACCUUCCUCUGCUCAGCUGAUUCGUCCUGCCUCUGCGCAACCACAGCUGGGAAGAUCACGCCAAAGUUCAGGCUUUCACCCGGGAAGGUUUUUGAGCACCGUGUCUUACCGCCCAUUACAACGUAACGGCAGAGGCCAACUUAUCCGUCGAGCAGCUGAUAUGCCACCCCCGGCAAUGAGGAUUUCACCCAUGCUUCACCCCAAGGACAGAGUGAAUUCCUCUUAUACUAUUACCGAGAGAAUGUCCUCUUCGCAAGAGGUUCACUCUGGCAUGUUUCAGACGCAGUACUCGGAAACUCCAAGUCCUUACUUCCCUAUCGAUCAAAAUUCGCAAGCUCUUACAUCUCAAGACAGCUUUGAAUCCCCUUAUAGCAUUUAUGGAGACGGCCAAGAGCAUAUCGACAUUGCACACCGACAGAUGCCAACAAUCAGCAGCAAACCUGGACAGCCGCAGAUCCAGGUUCCUUAUGCGGUGGACGGCAUGCAUCUACACAAUAGUUGUCUAGUCCGCGGUGUAAUCACGCCCACGACACCACCAGUUUUCAGGACAGAAGCAGAAAGUCAUCGUCCCGAUCGAGUUACACUAACGCCUGACCAUCUUACCCGUCAGCACUUGCAAGGAGGCGAAACCGACUUUCACCGCCUCUUGAGAAGUACACGCCCUGGAUUUCCGAUCACCGGCCAUCAUCAACCUGGAGAUAUAUCCAAACAAGACUACACAAAUAUCGUCAUCAAGGGGAUGGAGCACUUUCAGGCCAUUCAGCGAAAACUUGACGCAGCUUUGACAGCGAAUGAACCGAAUUCGGGAAAUAUGAACGAAAUCCUGGCUGAAUAUGCAGACGAUUUCGGUCGUAUCUGGUGUGGUCUUUGCAGAGAAAGCGGCUCCUAG